AUGAGGGCUAAGAAUGCGAGUGUGGCGGAGGAACUACUGGAGGAAAGAAUUUCAUCGUUACCGUAUAAGCAGCAGGCCAGUGUUCGCGCAUGCUUCCAAGCUUCAAAAAGAGCCAGUAGGAAGGGCAUGUGCUACAAUCAGGAAUGGAUACUUGAAUGUAUCCUGAUUAAACUGAAAAGCCCUCGACUUUAUCAGCACAUCAGAAAGAACGAGAUCCUCGUAAUGCCCAGCAAGACCACUCUGAAAAGGUACAUGAAGUCGUAUCGGUCGACGUUCGGUUUUAAUGUCAAAGCAUUGGGCAUCCUAAAGAAAAACGCCAGCAGCAUGACAGACCUCGAGAAACAUGGUGGAUUGUUGGUAGACGAAAUGAAGUUAUCAGAGCACUUCAGUGUGACGGCCUCUGGACAAAUUCAAGGUUUUGUUAACCUCGGAGAAUUCACAAGGCCCGAGGACCGGUACCAGCAGUGUGAUCACGGGAUGAUCAUUAUGUUUGUUCCAUUCGCAGGAAAAUGGAGCCAGAUUGUUGGCGUUUUUGCUACCAAAGGAAAUGUUAAAGGAGAUAUGCUGCUGAAAAUUCUUCUUGAAGCAGUGAUCCUAGUUGAACAGGCAGACUUGUUCGUUGAUCACAUCACGUGUGACGGGGCCUCUUGGAACCGGAAGAUGUGGAGACUAGCUGGAGUUUCCGCGUCUUCUAAAGAAAUAAAAUGUGCUAUACAGCACCCUGUCAACGAAAAGAGGAAACUGCACUUCAUCUCCGAUUUUCCCCAUCUGCUUAAAUGCCUGCGAAACGGGUUACUCAAGAAUGGCUUUGCAACACCAAAGGGAAUGGAAGAUCAACAGACUGAUCACCGUGAUGACAUCAAGAUAGCGCGUCGAAGCACUCAGGCCAGCUUCCUCUGA